AAGCAUUUGAAUUACCACUGAGGCUGGUAAAAAGGAGUUAAAUAGAACUUGUCCUGAAAUAGGCUUUCUGUCAGCAAUUCAGAAAUUUGCUGUCAGCAGUCCAGAAAUUUCAAAACUGGACUAGACUAAUUGUAAGAAGAAAGGACUUAAUGUAAUCCUGCUCUUGAUAUAAUUCCUAAUGUUGCCUUUGUCUACAGCACUUUGCGAAUUACCUUUCAGCUUCAAGUAUUCAAAUAUUCUCUAUUCAUCAGCAUAGCCUAAUUGUGAUUGUAGACACUUAAGUUUAUUAAUGACAACACUUUAAAGGCACAUAUUGGAAGUCUAACAAAUGAGAUUUUGUAAUAACACUGCUUUUCACUUGAUUGAUAAUACCAUUUUAAUCCUAUGUAUAUUUUCCCUAAAAGCUUUUUACGAAAGGCAGCAGUAAAAGUAUAUUUGCUAUGACUAUAAGCUCAUGAUGAAUAUGCUGCUAUACAAUGUUAGUAUGCUGGGAUCUGUGUCAAAGAAAAGUUGGAACACAGAGCUGUGGUAAUUUGUGACACCAAAUUGCAGAUACCAAAUCAUGUAAUCUUUCAUAAAAUGAUUAAUUAUUUGAUGAACAUUUAGCUUGGAUUUUUUUUUUUCUCACUCUUGGACUCUUCUAAAGUGUGACUAAUUGCUACUUAAUUCCUUUGAGAAUCAGCCUAAGAGUACUGAUAGUCACCUUGUACUCAUUGGCUCUUGUACUCAAACUUGGUUUUAACCUGAAUAGCUUUUUUUAAGCUUGUGUUUGUUUUGUGUCUGUGCAGGUGGUACAGAGAUCACAGUUUGGGAGUUCCCAUGUGUUACUUUUAAACAAGCACUACAAAAUAUCACUUCUAAAGCUCCUUGCUCUUCACUGAGUGCUCAAAUGACUCAGCUGCACAACCAGGCUCAAUCCUGUGAAAGUGGUUAUUCCUGUGCAUGCAAAAUGCACAUGGACAUAGAUGAGAGUAUGUAUAGCAUAAUACAGCCCGUCAACGUGAUCUAACUCUACAAACUACAGCCAAAGAGAAGCUGAAAUGGAUCUAUGACUGGCUGUGUAUUGAUAAUGCAGCCGGAUCAGCCGAACAGGACUCUGGAGAUAGUGUUUCUGAGCUACCGGAAUGGAGACCAGCCGUUUACAGAAAGUAUGUUUAUAAGUGGCUAUGCUGUGGUGGCUGGUGCUGCAGAAAGACUUGUGCUUGGAUAUGACAGCUUUGGGAACAUAUGUGGUCGGAAGAACACUCCUGUAGAAGGGGCAAAUCUUUCUGGAUUGGACAUGACUAAUAAAAAGUAUGUGUUCUUUCUGAAUUCAUGCAGCCUGGAAAUACAAAGCCCCAAAAUCAGUUCACUUUCCUUGUGCGUGUCAAGUUGUCCACAACAGCAACUCAACUCUUUGGAAGAUCUACAGAGUUUUGCAAGGAAUAAUGAUUCUUUCCUUUGUGUUUACAGCCUGAAUGUUUCCAGUUACACAGUAAAUCCAAAAGCAGCUCAGCUGUGUCCCACACUGCCAGUUCCACCAAGUAAAUCCUUUCCAUUAUUUAAUCGCUGUGUUCCACAAAAUCCUGAAUGCUAUUCCAAAUAUGCAUCUGUCCUCAUAAGUAUGGUUAAUGAAAUGGAUGUUUUUCACCGAAUUCUGAGUGGAAUAUUGGCAGGAAGAGAUACUGUGAUAGGACUGAGUGUCCUUGCACUAGCCUUCUCUUUGAUACUGGUUUUAGCCUUCAGAUUCAUUCAGACCCUCUUCAUCCAUACUCUGAUUGCACUGGUUGUGUUUGGGUUGUUGUUUGUGUCAGGUGUGCUCUUGUGGCUCCAUUACGACUACAGGAAUGACCCCAGCACUGAACUGGAAACAGAAAAGGAAAAUGUCAAAUUCCUACUUGGAUAUGCCAUCUUGUCAACAAUCAUCACUGUUGUUCUGCUCACCCUUAUAUUUGUACUAAGAAAAAGGCUUCCUUUCUCUGUUCAGCUCUUUAGAAUUGUUGGCAAAAUCAUUGGCAGAAUUCCUUUCCUCCUGUUCCAGCCACUCUGGACUUUUCUGAUUCUCAUUGUGUUCUGGGUAUUUUGGGUUGCUGUACUGCUUAGCUUAGGAACUGCAGGUACUGCACAGGCCACUUCGGGAGGACAAGUAGAAUACAGAGCUCUGUCUGGAAUUUGCUACAUGGCAUGGUAUCAUUUCGUUGGCCUUAUCUGGACUAGUGAAUUCAUUCUUGCCUGUCAGCAAAUGGUCAUUGCUGGGGCAGUGGUUACUUGUUAUUUCAACAGAAAUAAAAAUAACCCACCACCUCACCCAGUCCUGUCAUCCAUAUCAGUUCUUUUCUGCUACCAUCUAGGAACUGCUGUAAAAGGCUCAUUUCUAAUCACACUACUCAGAAUACCAAGGAUUGUUCUCUUGUACCUUUGCAAUAUCCUAAACCAAAAGAAGAAUGCAAAGCACCUGUUUGACUGCUGUUCCUGCUGGGUUUGCUUCCCAAAAAGUUGCUUAAGAUACUUUAACCAGCAUGCAUACACAACUACAGCCAUAAAUGGGACAAAUUUUUGUACAUCAGCAAAGGAUGCUGCCUGUAUUUUGGCAAGGAAUUCUGCUAAACUUGCAUCCAUUAGCUGCUUUGGAGAUUUUCUCCUAUUUUUAGGAAAGGUGUUUGUUGUGUGCUUCACUGUUUUUGGGGGAUUGAUGGCAUUUAACUACCACCGGCAGUUGCAAGCUUGGGUGGUUCCUCUGUUGCUAGUUGGAUUUUUUGCCUACCUGAUGUCCCACAGCCUUCUGUCUGUGUUUGAAGUGACAGCAGAUGCCAUGUUCCUUUGCUUUGCUAUUGAUAUGGAAACAAAUGAUGGAACUGCAGAGAAGCCAUACUUUGUGGAUCAGGAGCUGCUGACCUUUGUGAGUCAGAGUAACAAGUUAACAGAAGGGCAAAACCACAGAAACACAAGACCAUUCCAGGAUAAUGAAGAUGGGACAGAGCUCCAACCUAUGACUUGAAUGUGAAGUACACCAGGAGGUGUGGAAGCAGAGCAGCAAUAGCACAAACAGUCAUAUCAGCAAAGGUUACCAAUAGCCCAGGACAAAGUAUUAGCUCCCUAAAUCUGUUGUAUCUUCUGCACUGGUAAAAUGACACACAAUCUCUUUGUAUCAAUAAAAUAUUUUGUGUGUCAUCACAUCUGAUUUUUAUUACUACAUUUGUUGUGAUGGUCUGAAAGUUGAUAAUAAACUCACUCUUUGUAAAUUUC